AUGGCGUACCGCGGGCAAGGGCAGAAGGUGCAGAAGGUUAUGGUUCAGCCCAUUAAUCUAAUCUUCAGAUAUCUUCAGAAUCGGUCGAGGAUCCAGGUGUGGUUAUAUGAACAAGUCAACAUCAGAAUCGAGGGCUGCAUCAUUGGUUUUGAUGAGUACAUGAACUUGGUUCUUGAGGAUUCGGAGGAAGUUCACAUGAAGACAAGGAAUAGGAAACCACUUGGAAGGAUCAUGUUGAAAGGAGACAACAUCACCUUGCUGCAGAGUGUGUCCAAGUGA